AUGAUGCAACACGGAUCUUGCGAGUGUAGUAAAACAGAGCUUGAUGUUACUUCUGUGCCACCCACCAUGACAGCCAUGCAAGAUGCACAAUGGACAGAACAUUAUCCUAUCUCAGCAUUGAAUAAUUCAGCACCAAUUGAAUUCAUCAUUCCACCACAGACAGAGAAAUGGACAGAUCUCAAUCAGUCUUACUUAUACGUGAAGUUCAAAGUAGUCGCAGCUGCGGAUGGUGCAAAUUUGGGUAAUGAUGCAGAAGUGUCUGUGGUCAAUAACUUUUUCCACAGUAUGUUCAGCAGCAUAGACUUGUACCUGAACAACAAACUCGUUUCCAGCGAUUCAGAUUUGUACCCCUAUCGGGCUUAUAUUGAAAAUCUACUGUCCUACAGUAAAGACUGUCAAGAUACACAACUCAAGGCAUUUGAACUCUGGGACAAAGAUACAGCGACACACAUGCAAGACAACACAACCGGAGGGGCUAAUGACGGUUGGAAACGUCGACGAUUGCGCAUUCGAGGGAGUGCAUCUUGUGAACUCAUCGGACGAUUACAUUUAGAUUUGUUCCUGCAAGAAAAAUAUCUUCCUAAUGGUAUUGAACUCAGGCUCAAACUCAACAGGACGUCCAACAACUUUUGUCUUGUGGGCACUGCUGAAGGUAAAGUGGUGAUACAGCAGGUAGGAUUCAAUGUGAGAACAGUGGACCUGCUUCCCGUGGUGGCCAACAACUUGAAUCAAGCCAUUGCACAGUACAACAUGAAAAUUCCAAUUAGACGUGCUGUCGUGAAAACAUUUACCAUCCCUGCCGGACAAAGAUCUAAAAUUGAUGAUCACUUGUUUCUCGGACAACUCCCAAAACGCAUCAUUCUCGGGAUGGUGAGAAAUUCAGACAUCAAGGGAAAUGCUGCCAGUAAUCCAUUUGAUUUCAAACACUUUAACCUAUCCAAGUUAGAAGUCAGCAUUGAUGGCAAAACCACGCAUAACAAAGCAUUCACACCGAAUUUCACCGAUGGCGAGGUGGCUAGAUCCUACAUGUCACUAUACCAGGCCACAGGCUCCAUGGGCAUGAAUCGAAGUUUCGGAAUGAGUUUGGGACAGUACAAGGCAGGAUACACGUUAUGGGGAUUUGAUCUCACCGCCGAUCAAGGAAGCGAGGAAGGUCAACUACACCCUAUAAAAACAGGAAACAUGAGAAUCGACCUUCAGUUCUCAGAAGGUCUUGGUGUACCCAUCAACGUGAUUGUGUAUGCAGAAUUCGAUAAUCAAAUCGAAAUCAACACCAUCCGAGAAAUCAUCACAGAUUAUUGA